GGGGCUGGGUGGGUGGGCGCGGCCGCAGCAGUCGCAGAGGGGCCAUCUUCGGCGGGCGAGUGGGCUCGGCCUGUGCAGCCCGCACCUGCGUCCCUCGCCCGGCCCGAUGGCGCCGCGGCCGCUGGGCCCCUUGGUGCUGGCGCUGGGCGGCGCCGCGGCGGUGCUGGGCUCGGUGCUCUUCAUCCUCUGGAAGACCUACUUCGGCCGCGGCCGAGAGCGGCGCUGGGACCGGGGAGAGGCCUGGUGGGGCGCGGAGGCUGCCCGCCUCCCCGAGUGGGACGAGUGGGACCCCGUGGACGAGGAGGACGAGGAGCCCGCGCUGGAGGAGCUGGAACAGCGCGAGGUGCUGGUGCUGGGGCUGGAUGGCGCAGGCAAGAGCACGUUCCUGCGCGUGCUGUCGGGGAAGCCACCGCUGGAAGGCCACAUCCCCACCUGGGGCUUCAACUCCGUGCGUCUGCCCACCAAGGACUUUGAGGUGGACCUGCUAGAAAUUGGCGGCAGCCAGAACCUGCGCUUCUACUGGAAGGAGUUUGUGAACGAGGUGGAUGUGCUGGUGUUUGUGGUGGACUCGGCUGACCGACUGCGGCUGCCCUGGGCCCGACAGGAGCUGCACAAGCUGCUGGACAAGGACCCUGACCUGCCUGUCGUUGUGGUGGCCAACAAGCAGGACCUGAGCGAGGCCAUGAGUAUGGUGGAGCUGCAGCGGGAGCUGGGCCUACAGGCUAUCGAUAACCAGCGGGAGGUUUUCCUCUUGGCAGCCAGCAUUGCCCCUGCAGGACCCAGCUUUGAAGAGCCUGGCACCGUGCACAUCUGGAAACUGCUCUUGGAGCUUCUCUCCUAGGCUGGAGCUCUCCUGCUCGCCACCUGCCUGUCAAGACCACAGUUGUACUGCUGCUGCUUCAUUGCCAGACUGGGCCUGGGGCAGGAGCCACACAGCAGCAUUUCCCUUUUCCCCUCCUUUGCCUCUUAAGAGCAGGGCCUGGGCAAGGCCAAGAACCAUGCAGAAGCCUUCCUGGUGAGGUGGCCGUGAAGCCGAAGCAGGGAGGUGGGUGAGACAGAGGGUGGGGAGGAUAGUGUCUGGCUCAUUCCAGGCUGGAAUGUGGAUCCAGCUUUCCCUUCUCUUACCUGUACAGUGAGAUGCUCAGUGGGCUCAAUCCUCCGCUACAGGUCCCGGUACCUGAGGAACCAGUGUAGGUGUCAGAAAUACUCCUAGAGCCUCAAGGUCUCCCGGUCCAGACUGUUCCCUCCUGGUGACGUCAUGCCCUUCUCAUGUGGGCAGCUUCUGAGUGGUGACACAGCAAGCCUUUGUUCCUGUCCUGCAUUGUCUAGCCCCAGCUCCACCUAAGUGACUUGUGGCCUUGUGCAAUCUCUGCCUCUCUGACCCCAGGGCCAUUAUUUUUAAAGGGAGGUGGUUUCUUAAUUCAGAGAUGCCUUUCCCAGCCACGGGAGUAUGAAGUGCUGGGAUGAACCUGGCCAUCCUAGCAAGGAGCUUUCUGAAGACCUCCCUGCUUUUCCCUGAGCCCAGGCCCGGCCUGCCAGCCUCUCUCGACUACAGAAUAACAUAUUCACCCACCAAACAGAAAAAGUGAAGGCUGGGUUUUUUCCCCUCUAAUCUAGAGACAAGCUGCUGCUCUUGUACUAACUGUGCCAAUGCCCCUGUUUACAAAAGUCAGGGGAAGGAAGGAGCCUGUGUCCCUGGGACGACAGUCAACUGGAGCUAGGUGUUGACCUCAGAACUGCAUUUUAUUUAUUAAUUUAUAAGCGGAACAGGCCAGAGUUCUAGGCUCUGUUUCUAGGUGCUGUUUUCAAAACCCCAGAUGACAGUGAUAGAAAAGUUGGAACUUAGGAAAAUAGCUGGAAUCAUGAAUGACAAUGAGGUAACGUACAGAUGUCAAUGGAGACACAGUUGUAGGUCCGUCUUUCCCCCUGGCUUUGAGGCUGUCGUGGAUAUCAUAGUACUUUACACGGACUCACAUGAACUCAAACACCUCCACUUGGCCCAGGAUGUGGAAAGGUGCAAAUUCCUUCUGGGUAGAUAAGAAAUGACUCUGGGAGAGGAUUUCCCUUAUGUGAAUCUAGGUAAAAAGAUGGAAAAAAAUUGUAUUAUGUGAUCCUAAGGACAGGAAUAGCAGACCAGCCAAUGAGGUGGCCUUGGGUACAUCACUCAGCCUUUCCAGGCCCAAUUUUUCCCCAGUGAAAGCCAAGUUGGACUGAAUUUCUGGAGUUCUCAUCAGUGUACAUUCCAUAGUUCUCCAGUACUUGGCGGUCAGCCCAAUUUAAGGACUGGCUCUGUACUGACAUUUAUUAUUGGUACAGGCAAAGAGGAGCCUGUUGUCCGUUAGGGAGCACUAAAUCAACAACCACAAAUGGAUUUUUUUUAAGAGGAGCUGUGCACCUCAAUUUACUGUCUAGUUGAGAAUAGAGAUUGUGUGCCUUCAUUUCAUUUGACAUUUACCCAGCAUGCCUCAGUUCCACACCGUGACCAGUGUAAGAAGAGGAACUAUGAUAAAAACGGUUCAACAAGCCGCAAGGAGGGUGGGAAAUUCUGAAGUCCAGAAGCGAGUGUGAUCUUUGGAAUAGUGGCUGCUGUGCCCUUGGGCGCAAUUUAAAGAAUCAUUGUUCUUUAAAGUGCUGGUUCACUUUUUGCAGUAAGAAGUGAUUUAUGGGCUCUUACGUAAAAUUUUAAGAAUGACUUGGGUUUUAGAGUAGCCUUUGAAACUUUGCUGGCAGCUUUUCAUUUUGUCAUUGGAAGGGUAAGACUUUUCUCCUUUGUUCUAUGAACUCCUUGUUCUUCAGGGCUUGAAGGUGUUAACAAAAAAACCUUAGACAACUUUAACGAAGUUUAAAAAGUAUGUUCUGUUUUUGAGCAGAAAAAAGAUUCAUGAACUGGGUAGUACUUAGCACCAAAAGCAGUUCAGAAUGCUCAGCCCCACAAUGUGUAUAGGCUACAUUUAUAGCCAGAGAAACGAAAAUAACUUAGAUUGCCUGAUUGGCUGCAGUCUGGCAUUUGCCUUACCUGAAUAUGUUUUAGCAGCCUUCAGCCAAUGACUGACUGAAGGCUUGGCUGCUGUGAUUGGCUAAAAUUCGGCUACUUGUUAGAAGAACAUACUUUUAGGUUAGGUUACGAGUUGUUUACACUUUAAGUUACAAUUCACUGUGUACAGAGGCAGCCUUAGGCCAGACUUAAUUCAGCUUCACAGUGUCCCCCAUUUUGCUCAGCCCCUUAAUUUUGAGAGAUUGACCAAAAUCCCAGGCACUGACACUACCUUCUGUCACUAUUUGACCUCAUUAUGGAACUCACAGUUUACAAUGUUAAAUCAGUUAGAGGAUUCUUUAUGUCUUCAUGUUUCUGUUACUCUAACCGUAAUGAGACCAUUUGAGGUACAAAGGAUGACUGCACUGGUGUAUUUAAGACUACAACACAUCAGUGGGGACCUUAGGAUGGCUAUCAGGAGUGUAAUACCAAGAAACUGGAAUGCAUUCCUUAAUAUGAGUCUCCACAAACCAAACUGAUCGGAAUCAAAGAACUCAAGUUCAGACGAUAAAAAUAGUUCAACAGCAUGCAAGCUCUGUUGCUCAUAGCCUGUUCAGGGUAUAGUGGCAAUUAAGGACAUAGUUCACUAUGAAGUACCUUAAUUGUAAAGUGUUUGAUUUUUUAGUUAGCUUUUGGUAACACAAGCCAUAGUGAUUGGGAUACCCACUAAAAGAAACAUGAAGAUUAGAAAACCUUGAACAGCUAAGCUUGCUGUCUACCAUUCAGGAUGCCUGCAAACCAACCACUAGCUGCUCCUGCAAACACAUUAUGUGUUCCUUUUCCCUGAGAAAUAUCCUUGAUGUGUUUGGUGGCAGUAUCUACAGAAGCGGCAGCCACCACCGCCUUUUUAAGCACUCCAUAGUAGCAGAAUCGGGAAAGAUAAGCACAGCGUUCAGUUUUGUUCAGCACCAUACACAAGCUCCUAGCUGGGCAAAGGAAAUCUAAAGCUGCAUGAAGUUCCAUUACAUGUUUUUGUUGAACACAGGUAGCCUCAUCCAUCCAUCCAUCCAUCCAUCCAUCCAUCCAUCCACCCAUCCACCCAUCCACCCAUCCACCCAUCCAUCCAUCCAUCCAUCCAUCCAUCCAUCCAUCCAUCCAUCCAUCCACCCAUCCAUCCAUCCAUCCAUCUGUGGCUUCUACCCGUGCGAAUCUCUGUGCUACAAAAUUUUUUUCAAUUUAGCAUUAACUUUAAUUUCCAUACAGUUGGCACCCCACUGCCGCCAAAAGUGAGUCCGCAGGAACCCCACUGGAACAUUUGCUCAGUGGAAACUAACUAAUCAUCUGUUUCAAGGUUGGUAUUCAUUUUAGUCUUUGACCUCUGAUUAUGGGGACUUCCAGGGAAAGCUGUUCACAAGGCGAGCGUGAAUCAGGUGAAACAGCAAGACCUGAAGUCAGGACAGAGUAAGCAAAUUACCCACAGACCUAAUAUGUACCCUCUGAAGCUGGAAAGUGGGGGCCACCUGGUAGCAUUUGAGCAGGGGUCACUUCUGUUCCCCCAUAAGUCUGCACAGCUCCUAAACAAGGUCCAGUGGGAAACUUGUUUUUAUGUGGUCCCUUUAUAGCAUGCUGUAAGGGUGCAUAACCACAGCCAGUGAGAAGGGACCCUACUGGAUUUAACCCAGUGACAUUAUAUAAGCAAUCGCUUGGAGCCACAAAGGUAGUUCCCAGGUCCUGAAAAUGUGGUGCCUGAAAGCACAGGUGCAGGCAGUAUUCCUUGCGUAGGCAUUGCCUGGACAGGUUUUCCAUGUUGGCACUUAGGAGUUAUUAAUUGAAAAGGUCAGGGUCCCACUUCCAGUGGGUGUAGGGAAGCAAGCAGUAGUGGUGUUUAGAAUAUCAAGGUUAGCUGCUGGGUGGAUCACGAGGUCAGGAGAUCGAGACCAUCCUGGCUAACAUGGUGAAACCCCAUCUCUACUAUAAAAUACAAAAACUUAGCUGGGUGUGACGGCACGCGCCUGUAGUCCCAGCUACUAGGGAGGCUGAGGCAUGAGAAUCACUUAAACUUGGGAGGCGGAGGUUGCAGUGAGCCGAGAUCGCGUCACUGCACUCCAGCCUGGGAGACAGAGCGAGACUCCGUCUCAAAAAAAAAAAAAAAAAAAAAAAGGUUAGCAUUCCACUCUUCCUUUGGGGUUUCAGGGUGACUCAUUGGGAAAAUGGAGAGAUACUGGCAUUAAUGGAAUCGUUUCCUGAUUUGAGCAUUAAGUCACAAACCCAACAGUAACUCCAGUUUCUUGCUAGAGCAUUAGCCUUUGCUAAAGCCAGCCCCAGAUUAUGGUCCCACGGAUUUUCCCAUAAAGAAAGGGAAAGGAUUUGCAGGCAGAAAAUAGGAAAGAGAGGGAGAAAGAUAAGAUUUUUGUGAUUGCAGUGAAGUCUUCAUCCACAUCUAGGGAAAGCUGUUCAUGUCUAGGAUGUGAUCUGCUUCUGGGGAAAAACUUCCCUAGUUAGCUUUACCUUAAAGUCUCCAACAGGUGCGUAGUUCCAGGAGUCUGGAGAGGUCCUUUUGAGUUGUGAGAUGUGGACCCAAGGUUCGAAGCCCUGAAGUUUUACCACAGUGUGGGUAAUAGAAGAACUUGGUAUCGUCUCUUUCUAUGAGGUUUAAGGGCACUUUUUCUCUGAUACCAUCUCCAGAAGACCUAGUCUCAGGUUACAGAUUGUGAAGGCUUUGAUGGUCCUCUGUGCGUCACAGAAAGUUUAUUUUGUCAAAAUAUAGUGUGACAUAAUGCAUUAUAGCUCUGUAGUAUUUAGUGGUAUCAGCAUUUAGGAGAGUAGGCACUACGUGAAGUUCUGUUAGGAGCACAGGCUUUUAGUAACUAUUUCAUAGGGAUCAAUCUGUGUCUGUCAUAGGAAUGGAUCUGAUCUGCUGACCAAAGGCAAUGGUUGGCUUUCUUUUUCAGAGAUCAGAAAAAAAUGAAAUUCAAAGCCAAUGGUAGUGCCUUUGGCCAAGAUAACCAAUCAAUUCAGUUAAUUUUGCCAAUUUUAGUUUUAAAAUAUUUGUCCUUUUGACCUUUCCAGAAGACUGAGUGUGAAAGGGACAAUGGUUGACCACUGUGUUUCUAACACUUUAUUUAGCUGCUUCAUAGUUUGUCCAAUAAAAUGAGUUCCUCUGUCACUGGAGAUUUUUCCAGAGAUGCCCCAUAAAGGAAACACAUGUUCUUAUAACUCCUUAGCUACUGUCAUAGCAUCAGCUCUCCUACACAAGAAAGCUUCUAUCCAACCAGAAAAUAGGCCAACUAUUACAAGAACAUACUGAUACUUAAUUGAGGGUGGCAGCUGAAUGAAGUCCAUCUGUAAGUGUUCAAAUGGUCCAUGAGGUGUUGGUGGAAAUACACCACUUGGAGUUUUUAUUAUCUUCCCUGGAUUAUGGGUUUGACAAACCAAAUAUUGGUUAUAACCCAUUUCAGCAUUUUAGAGUAGUCACACUAUCGAUAUUUUUUAUAAUUUGGAUCAUUUUGCUCAUUUCAUGAGGAAUUGUGAGGUGCAGAGGUUGUUUUUUGUUUUUUUGUUUUGAGACAGGAUCUCACUCUGUCACCCAGGCUGGAAUGCAGUGGUGCAAUCAUGGCUCACUACAACCUCCACCUCCAGGGAUCAAGCAGUCCUCCCACCUCAGUCUCCUGAGUAGCUGGGACUACCGGUGUGCGCCACCAUCCCCAGCUAAUUUUUGUAAUUUUUAUAGAGAGGGUUUUACCCUCUUGCGCAGGCUGGUCUUGAACUCCUGGGCUCAAGCCGUCUGUCCAGCUCAGUGCUGGGGUUAUAGGGAUGAGCCACCAUGCCUGGCCAAGUGCGAAGCUUUUAACAGUGGAAGUUUCAAGGGCUCAGGAAGGACCAGGGGGCCAUCUAGGCUCUCCAUGAGUUUACGCUUAACAUUAUGUUUACGUCUGUCAGAUAACAAUUUUGGUUUUCCACAUCAGGUGCAUGGCACUGUUAGAUGGGUCAUCAUAAAGGUCAUCAGUCUAGUGGCAUUCAUUCCCUUUGCUCAUCCUAACUGUUUCAGCACUAUCUGAUUUAGCAUGAAAAUCUGCCAGGGCAGUCCCUUGAUAUUCAGGUUCAGCUUUCCAUGUAUGGGCUUCAAUCUUUUAAGAAUUUGUUAUUUUUCACCUUUACUCAAGAUAGCUUGGAACUUAUAGCAAUUUGUGAUGGCAACAGGAUAGUAGCAAGUUCAUCCACUUGAGUCUGUUUUUAACGGGGGCUCCACUAGAAGUGAGAAACCCUCUUUGUUUCCAUAACAUGCCAAAAUUGUGGACUGCAAAGGCAUGUCUGCUAUGUAGAUAGCAUUUUCUGAUUUCCCUUUAGCUGUAUGACAAGCUCAAGUGAGAGCAAAAGCUCUGCAGUUUGAGCUGACUGAGACUGGGAAGAGUCCGCUUUGUAUUAACUCAUUUUGGGUUUUAAUGACAUAUUUUGCCAAAGAAUAAUUUCAAAUGGGGGCUGGGUGCUGUGGCUCACGCCAGGCGUGGUGGCGGGCGCCUGUAGUCCCAGCUACUCAGGAGGCUGAGGCAGGAGAAUGGCGUGAACCCGGGAGGCAGAGCUUGCAGUGAGCCGAGAUCGCACCACUGCACUCCAGCCUGGGCAACAGAGCGAGACUCCGUCUCAAAAAAAAAAAAAAAAAAAAUUUCAAAUGAUGUUGGUCUACUUGCUGAAAAAUGCUGGGUUUGACUGGAAUUUAAUAGACUUUCCACAGCAUGUGGAACUUGCAAAAAAAAAAGUUCAUUCCCUAAAACCAGGUCAGAUGAACCCUUUCCCAAUCUGAUGGUUGCUGCCACUGCCUUUAAGCAAUUAGGGUAUGCCUUAGCUGUGGGGUCUAAUUGCAGCCCAUGCUAUGUGAUGGGCCUGUGCUUCCCAACUAUGUUCUUUUUUAUGUAUGUAUGUAUUUAUGUAUUUAUUUUUUGAGAUGGAGUUGUGCUCUUCUUGCCUAAGCUGGAGUACAGUGGUGUAAUCUCAGCUCGCUGCAAUCUCCACCUCCCAGGUUCAAGUGAUUCUCCUGCAUAAGCCUCCCAAGUAGCUGGGAUUACAGGUGCCCGCCACCACACCCAGCUUAUUUUUUGUAUUUAGUAGAGAUGGGGUUUCACCGUGUUCGUCAGGCUGGUCUCGAACUCCUGACCUCAGGUGAUCCACCCGCCUUGGCCUCCCAAAGUGCUGGGUCAACUGUGUUCUUGAGUAAGAACUCCUAAUGCCCGAUUGUUAUGUUUACGGACAAACAAGGUGAAGGGUUCUGUAUAAUUUGGAAAUCCUAGAGCAACCAUAUCUGUUACUUUCCAUCCUGGUUACAUUUCUUAAUUAGACUGCAAAGUUCUGAAUGAGUCCUUUUUAAAUAGAGCAGUUAAUGCCAUUUCUGUCUCUGCAGGUUUCACAAGUAGUGUUUCUAAAUGAGCGCUAUAAUCUGAAACUGGUUCAUCUUUCUUUUGCCCACAAGAUUAUGUGAUUGACCAAUCAAUUUUUUGUGGAAAAGCCUUAGGGAUUGAAUUUAAAAGAUUUUCGGCAAUUCUUCUAGUUCCUCUUGGCCCUCCUCUUGGGGUUUUGGAGUGGUCUUUAAUAUCCUCAGGCUGUUUCCAUUCUGCUCCUACUGUCAAUUUUCAAGCUUCACCAGUAUCAUGUGAAUAAAUUGGUAAAGAUUAGAGCGUCCUGGAUCAUAAGCUCCUAUGAGGAUUCUCAAUUUUCCAGUACAUUUUUGAGUAUUUUCUCUUGGAUUAGUUAAGUCUUUAUGAUGGCUGUAAGCUCAGCUUUAGACCAUGGAGUAAAAGUGGUUACAGCAGGCAGGCUGGUUGACUAGAGAGUCUCACUUUGUAAGGCAUUUAUCCAACUUCCCCUUUUUCAUUAGCCUCAAGGAGAAAAGGUAACUGAGCAAAAGGGUUACUAUACUCAGAGCAUCGAGGCAAAGAAGAGAAAGAGAAGGAGCAGUCAGGGUUCAUGUGCUGCAUGAGCCUUUCACUUGCGUUUUGUAAAGAAUCUUUUAGGCAAUUUUAGAUUUGUAUAAUCUUUUAGAUGCCUCUGCAUACCGAUUUAAAAUGCAUCCCAUUGUUUUUGUGGAGUUUUUGAUCCUUUCUUUUCUAAUGUGUCCCACAAAUACAGUUUUAUUUAAAGUUUCCUCAUUGUGGCCAUUUUAAUUCUAAGUUGUUCCUAGUAAGGUUAGCCUGUUUUUCUAAAAACAAGUUCUGGGUCCAUAAUUUUGGUUUUUUGUUUGUUUGUUUGAGACAGAGUCUUACUGUCACCACCCAGGCUGGAGCGCAGUGGCACAAUCUCAGCUCACUGCAACCUCCGCCUCCCAGGUUCAAGCAAUUCUCCUGCCUCAGCCUCCCGAGUAGCUGCGAUCACAGGUGUGCACCACCACGCCCAGCUAAUUUUUGUAUUUUUAGUAGGGAGGGGUUUCGUCACAUUGGCCAGGCAGGUGAGGUGAUCUGCCCACCUCGGCCUCCCAAAGUGUUGGGAUUACAGGUGUGAGCCAUCACACCCGGACUUGUUUUGUUUUUUGAGAUAGAGUGUUGCUUUGUCACCCAGGCUGGAGUGCAGUGGCAUGAUCUUGGCUUACUGCAACCUCUGCCUCCCGGGCACAAGAGAUUUUGCCACCUCAGCCUCCUGAGUAGCUGCGACUACAGGCAUACACCACCACACGCCCAACUAACUUCUGUAUUUUUUGUAGAGAUGGGGUUUUGCCAUGUUGCCCAAGCUGGUCUCAAACUUGUGAGCUCAAGAGAUCUUCCUGCCUCAGCCUCCCAAAGUGCUGGGAUUACAGGCAUCAGCCACCACAUCCAGCCCCAUAAUUCUUAUAUAUAAAAUUAGAUGGAGUCCCAGAAGGUGGAGUCCCAGACUCCUUGAAUUGAAACAAGCCCAUUAUCAAAAGGAUAACCUACCCAAUGCCUCUAACUGGAUCCAUCCAGUUUAUUAUGGGAUUCAGUCCAAUCCAGGACCCAGUCCAGUAAAAAUUGCUCAGAUAAACUUGGAGAGCUCAAAACACAAAUUUAUGGAGCUCAGAAUCCUAGGAAGAACUCACUAUGACCUCCAGUUGCUGUGAGGGGUCAGUGGGCACAAUGGGCCCUGGCAGAUACCUUUUUGCGUGGUCACGUGGUGCUCCUGGAGGUUGCUGAAGUUCUACUUUGGAUCCUACUUCUGACACCAAUUUGUUAAAAGAAAAAUUUUAUAGACAAGUUAACUUUAACAGUUUAAUUGAGCAGAAAAGGGUUCAUGAAUCAGGUAGCACUCAGGACCAAAAGCGAUGGUUCAGAAUGUGUGCAGGCUAUAUUUAUAAGCAAAGAACUGGAACUGACAUACAGAGAUAGCCUGACUGGCUGCAGUCUGGCGUUUGCCUUCUUUGGACAUGUUUUGGCAGCCUUCAGCCUAUGGUUGGCUGAAAGUAGACUCUUAGAUUACGUUGCAGGGUGUUUACACAUUAAGUUAGGUUAUAAUUCACUAUGUACAGAGGCAGCUUUAGGCCAAACUUAAUUUACAAAGGUCACCUUUGGUACCAGCAUUAAUUGUUGAGGGGGUCCCUUUUUACCUAAUGAAGAUCUGUCUGUGUCUAAUGAAUAUCUUGUACAAUUUUUAAAGUUCCCAGUUGUGGGAGGUGAACUUGAAGAAUAAAGUUUCAUUAUGUCUA